AUUCUUCGGAGAAGCGGCUAUGCCAAGCGGCGUGAAGGCCAAGCAGAACAAUGCCGGAUACGCCAAGACAAGUGACGCAAAGGAACUCAGAAAAGAGGGAAAGAAUUCUAGGUCAAUGGGAACCGGCUUCAUACCUGUAUUCGAGGCUGCAUGAAGGCAAAUGGCAAAUGUAUUACCAAGGAAAACGCUAUACGGGAGAAGCCAAUUCCCCACCCCUCGCACAGGCUUUAAGAACACAGGCCGUGAUUGCUGCCCUCACCGGUGUCCCCAUCCAGGCCCAGCGCCUGCUGCUCGGCUUUCCCCCCUCGUGCCUCGACCUCAGUGAUGGAGAGCAACGCCUCGGAGAGCUGGGCAUUCAUUCGGGUGAUACUCUAAUAGUUGAAGAAGAUGCAACCAAGCCCAAGAGUGAUUCAUCUAUAGUUACAAAGCGGACUGUUUCUAAUUCAGUUAGAGAAGCUGUACCUGUGCUUGCCCGAAAGGUUGUUCCAGCUGACAACUCGUGUCUUUUUACCAGCAUAUAUUAUGUAGUAGAAGGUGGGGUUUAUGAACCAGGCUGUGCCCCAGAAAUGAGAAAUCUCAUUGCCCAAAUUGUAGCAAGUGACUUGGAAUCCUAUAGUGAGGCAGUCCUAGGAAAAAAUAAUCAGGAAUACUGUGACUGGAUCAGAAGAGAAGAUACAUGGGGAGGUGCAAUUGAGGUUUCUAUUUUGUCUAAAUUCUAUCAGUGUGAAAUUUGUGUAGUUGAUACCCAGACAGUCAGAAUUGAUCGUUUUGGGGAAGAUGCUGGCUAUGCUAAACGGGUGCUUUUAAUUUAUGAUGGUAUUCACUAUGAUCCACUUGAGCGUAAAAUCCCCAACACAGACAUUCCUCCCCAGACAAUUUUUUCCGCAACCGACGAUGUUGUCCUUGCACAGGCUUUGGAAUUAGCAGAUGAAGCCAGAAGAAAAAGACAGUUUACUGAUGUAAAUCGGUUUACAUUGAGAUGUAUGGUUUGUCAGAAAGGAUUAACAGGGCAAAUGGAAGCCAGAGAACAUGCCAAGGAGACGGGACACACCAAUUUUGGAGAAGUGUGAAUUUUCUAUGAGGUUGGUCAUGUUUACUACCUCACUGAUCCAAAACGAGCCAUCAGGUUUUUAAAUAAGCUAUAUGUAAUGUUACAGAUUCACUCAAAGUUUGAAAGCCCUAAAUUUAAUUAUGGCUGAUAUGCACAGGGUUGCAGUUGAUAGUGUAAAAUGUUUACAAGAGUGCAUACAGUGAUGUCAUAUUUUCCAAGGAUCUUGGAGUAUUCUUUUGCACAACUAAGAACUAGAGAUAGCAACUGAUACCAACAGGUGUAUCAACUCUUGAAAAAAAAUCUGAGCAUCUGCUGAAGGAAUUCCUCUAAUACAACUGAAUAUAUGCAUUGCUGUAGCUAGCUAGGCCUGCAUCAAGGACUUUAGAUCACUGAUGAAAUAAAAAUCUCAGCUCCUUACUGGAUUUUUGAUUGUGGAAUCUGUGAAAUAGUUAAGCUGGGUUUCAUUCAUAUCUGGUAAAAAUACCUGCAUCUCAGUUUCGUUCAUGUGAAAUGUGUAUGUUUUUGUAACUUAAAGCAGUAAUUCCAAAGCUAUUUUAUUU